AUGAGGGCAAAAAUACGUACUCAUCAGCAGCAGAAGAAGCCAUAUGAUAGGCCACAAAGCUCGGCUAGGAAACUGCAGUGCUACAACUGUGGUGGGGAGCAUUAUCGGAGGAUUGUCCAAACCCUCGGCAGUUCUAGUGGUGGUGGUGGUGGUAGCACUGGCAAGUGCUACGUUUGUGAUCAGACGAGCCAUUUUGCACGGCACUGCCCGAAUAAGAAACCAGCUGGAGGUGCACCAGCAAAGAAACUAGUAGGGGAUCGACCUAGAGCCCCUGGUCGUGUUUUUGCUUUGACGACUACCGAGCCGCCUAGUCAGGCUCGGUUUAGUGAUGCGAGAGCUGGCGUGCGACUUGAUAGUCGCGACACCUAUCCACCACGUCUGUUUGUGUGGAUGCCCUAUAGAGGUGGCAGGCCGCAGGUUCAAGGUCAAUCUCAUCUGCUUACCAAUGGAGGGGUAGAUGUCAUUCUGGGUAUGGAUUGGUUUGCCAGCAACCAUGUGGUGAUUGAUUGUGGGCAACGCAGGGUGGUGUUUCCAGAUGCAGAAGGACUGGAAUUGAUAUCAUCUAAUCAGGCAGAGAAAGAGAUUGAGGCAGGGGCUACAUGUUUUAUGAUAGUAGCUCAGACGGAGAAGAAGAGUAUUGCAGAGAAGAUUAGUUUGAUUCCUAUGAUAGAUGAAUAUGCCAAUGUCUUCCCUGACGAAAUCCCAGAGUUGCCACCAAGCAGGGAUGUGGAUUUCCCCAUUGAUCUCACCCUGGGGCUGGCCCAGUAUCUAUGGCACCAUAUCGGAUGGCACCAGCUGAGUUGGCAAAGCUGA